AUGCUUUGGGCCUUACUUUUCUGUGUCAUAUUAUCAUAUUAAAUAAAUACUUAUGAAGUAUUCGAGAGAAAUUGUUGGCCUAAAAGCCCUAAGUAGCAUUUUCUCCCGUGUUUUCACUUCUUCACUCCAACGCCACACAGCCGCCACUUCAACUCCUCAUCAGAUCAUCGACCGUCCGCCCUCUCGUCUUCUAUAUUCCGAGAGAGAAAAUGUUGGACAUAAAUCUCUUCAGGGUAGACAAGGGCCAAAAUCCUGAAAUUAUACGCGAAUCUCAACGCCGCCGAUUUGCAGACGUCGAUCUAGUCGAUGAGGUCAUUCGUUUAGACGAACAAUGGCGAAAGCGUCAAUUUGAGCUGGACAAUCUGCGGAAAGAUUUGAACAAGAUAGCUAAAGAAGUGGGGAAGCUAAAAAUUGCUGGUGAGGAUGCAAGUGAAAAGAUUAAAAGCUCAGAGGAGAACAAACAAUUGUCGGCGAACAAAGAAACAGAAGUUCAGGAGGCUCGAGCAGCGUUGUAUUCAAAAUUGGAAAUAAUUGGAAACCUUGUGCAUGACUCGGUUCCAGUAAGCAACGAUGAGGCAAACAAUGCUAUAGUUCGAUCUUGGGGUGAUAAGCGGUCGGAGCCAAAGCUGAAAAAUCAUGUUGAGCUUGUUGAACUUCUUGGAAUAGCAGAUAUAAAGAAAGGUGCUAAUAUAGCCGGAGGUAGAGGUUACUAUCUGAAAGGAGAUGGUGUACUUCUUAAUCAAGCUCUGAUUAAUUUCGGGCUUGGCUUUUUAGCCAAUAGGGGGUAUACCGCAUUGCAGACUCCUUUCUUUAUGAGAAAAGAUAUCAUGGCAAAGUGUGCCCAAUUAGCACAAUUUGAUGAAGAACUUUACAAGGUAACUGGGGAGGGAGAAGACAAAUAUCUGAUUGCUACAGCUGAACAGCCACUCUGUGCGUAUCAUAUAGAUGAUUGGAUCCAUCCUUCACAGCUACCUUUAAGAUAUGCAGGAUAUUCAUCUUGCUUCCGUAAAGAAGCUGGUUCACAUGGUCGAGACACUCUUGGAAUUUUCAGAGUUCAUCAGUUCGAGAAAGUUGAGCAGUUCUGCAUUACCAGCCCAAAUGGCAAUGAUUCCUGGGAAAUGCAUGAGGAAAUGAUCAAGAACUCUGAGGAGUUCUAUAAGAUGCUUAAGAUUCCCUAUCAAGUUGUGUCUAUUGUUUCGGGUGCUUUGAAUGAUGCGGCAGCAAAGAAAUAUGAUUUGGAAGGAUGGUUUCCGGCAUCAAAUACUUACAGAGAGCUUGUCUCCUGCUCAAACUGUACAGACUAUCAGUCCAGAAGAUUGGAGAUUCGAUAUGGGCAGAAAAAGAGCAAUGAGCAAGCCAAGCAAUACGUACACUUGUUGAACUCUACCCUCACGGCAACAGAGAGGACCAUGUGCUGCAUUCUUGAGAAUUACCAGAGGGAAGACGGUGUUGAAAUACCAGAAGUACUGCGACCUCUUAUGCAUGGAAAGACAUUCAUGCCCUUCCAGACACCCCCAGCCAAAGAAGUGAAAGGGAAGAAAUCUAAGGCUUAAUGAAGUGAGGCUUGAAGUUUAAGAAGUUCGGUUUUAUUAUCGAAGUCUUUAACGAGAGAGUUGCAGGGUGAUGGAAUUUUCUAAUGAUUUGAAUGACAGUGAAACAACUCAUUUAUUUUGGUCCAGAUGUGUUAUAUUCCCAGCAGCAUUGAGGUUGGAAAUUCCCUUUUGAUGCAUGUACUAGAUGACAGUGGUGGCGAGAUAUCCCAAAUUGAAUGAAUGAACCUAAUAAUUAUUAGGUAAAAGAUUUGAUGGUUA